UCGACAAUCGACAAUCGACAAUUUUGUAUAAAUUCUCAACUUCUUUGCUAGUUCAAACAGUGAAGCGACAUGUAAAUACACAAGUAAAGUACAUUAUAUACUUCUAAUUUGAAUUUUAAAGACAAGAGGUUUAUUUAUUUUGUUGUUUGAUUCCUAAAAGGCUAAAUUCGUGACAACUGUUGUGUGUCAAAAUAAUCAGAUGGAGUUACCAGACAGAAAUACAGAUUAUCGGGACAAGUCAUAUUGGGAUGAUCGUUAUUCUAAAGAAAAAGCUUUUGACUGGUUUUCUGAUUAUGAAGCAUUCAAACAUUUACUGAAAGAUGACAUUAAAACAGCUGACAAAAUUCUUAUAUUAGGUUGUGGCAACAGUUUAAUGAGCGAAGACAUGUAUCAAGAUGGCUUCUUAAAUAUCACAAAUACAGAUUAUUCUCCCGUUGUUAUUGAGAACAUGAGGAACAAAUGCCAACAGAAGUAUCCUGGCAUGUCAUGGGAAGUUAUGGACAUUCUCAAUAUGACAUAUGAACCAGAAACAUUUGAUGUGGUCUUAGAGAAAGGGACACUUGACGCUUUGAUGGUUCAUGAAAAAGAUCCAUGGAAUAUUAGUGAAGAAACAGAGAAAACAAUCGAAAAUGUGCUGACUCAGGUUCAGACAGUGUUGAAGGCAGAUGGAAAAUUCAUAUCAGUAACUUUUGCACAGCCUCAUUUUCGUAAACCACAUUAUGCAAGGACAGUAUUUGAUUGGUCAGUGGAACAAAAACAUUUUGGACAAAAUUUUCAUUAUUAUUAUUAUGUGAUGCAGAAAGGUUCUAAGUUGUCAUUGGAAGAUAGUGAAAAGGAAAAGGAAAGGACAGCAAAAAAGUUAAAAAGUAAGACUGAAGAAGACAGAACUAUUGAAUAUCUUGAGUAUGAAGAUAAUGAGAACUUUUUAAAUUGGAUAGAACUUUGAUUGUAUUCGUUCAAUUUUUGUAAAUUAAAUUUGUCCUU